ACAGGACGGAAGGGUACCUUAUGAAAAAUAAUAUCUACGGGUUUGGGGGAUCAUCCGAACCAUCAUCCCCAGUGAGUACGCUAUCUUUCAAUAUACAAAAUCCGCCUACUCCUACAGGUCACCAGUCACCUUAUCCAUUCGUACAUCAUAACCUUGUCCAGGAUUUCAUGAGAAGUGGUGACGUUUGGUGUGACGACUGUGGUAAAGUAAUGAUGGCAUUGAGUGAGGAGUUAAUUACCGCUCAGUCGUGGCAACGCAUUAUUCGUCAACUUUAUGAAGAUUCGGGACUUAAAGGUGAACAGGCUGACACAGAGAUUAAGGUAGCGGAGAGCGACCACCCUCAUAACCUCCGAGAACAAAUCUUCCAAUGCUGUAACCAUUGGAGUGGUAUACAAAGGGCAUCACCAAACGUAUUGCGGCAAGUAUUGCUGAAGGAAGAUUGUAAAGUUAUCCUGAAAGUACUGCGAGAGAAAUUUCCAGAUGUUUUUCGUAUUGAAAGCUCUGUUUGACAAAGAAUGUCUUUCUUUAGAACACCAACAUUUUAGAAGAAUGUGAAUACCUUUGAAGUUUUGUAAUAUCAAAAAUGAACAGAUAUUUAAACAUUUGAGUAAUUUUGGUAGCGUUAAUUCAUUUUAAAGUGUGAACGUUGCAAUGUUCUACGUUAUUUCCUAAGUAACACACUCCUGUGUAAGAUUGCUUAAAAAAUAUGACCGAAUUAUAACCAAUCAAACAGUAUAGUGGUUAACGGGGGAUGGGGGUAACUCUUCGUUAACAUGUUUUGUAAACAGAUAGCUUGUUUGUAAAUAAAAUCUGCUUGUAAAUAUUACAUCUGAGACUUUGCAUAUUGUUUGAUUAUCAUAACCUUCACAGGACUAGGAUAAUUGCGCAAUAACUCAUCUUAAAAUAACGAAUGAUAUAACACAGCGUAAGCAUACAUGUAUAAAUACGAAAUCUGAACUCAGCGAUAGGAACUUAUGCUAUCCUAAAACAUGAGGAAACACAUCAUGAACUCCACAUACAAAUGCUUCAGUAUACAAAUAGAAAGAUAUCAUGUACUAAAUAGUUUAUUUGACUGCUGGACGCAUGUUUUGAAUUAAAUACUAUAAUGUAUACACGUGUGUAGCGAAUCAGCUGUAUCGCGUAGGUUCCAUCAACAGGGUAGUCUGCAAUGAGGAAACGAAAACAAUUCAAUCAGUCGUCCUUUCCGUUAUAUGGUUUGGCAGAAAAGUGAUCAUUAUUAUUACUGUAGAUGUCAAGAUACGCAGCUAUUAGAACUGGAAAAAAACAACUUUUCAUCAGUAAAGACUUUUGUAUAUC